AUGGUCACGUGUUUCUGCAUCUGCUGUUAUCCAUAUCUGCGUCGGGCCUGUUCCUGGCUUGUUCCCGGCCUGUUCCUGGCCUGUUCCUGGCCUGUUCCCGGCCUGUUCCCGGCCUGUUCCCGGCUUGUUGCCGGCCUGUUCCCGGCCUGUUCCCGGCUUGUUCCCGGCCUGUUCCCGAUUGUUCCCGGCUUUUUCCCGGCCUGUUCCUGGCUUGUUCCUGGCUUGUUCCCAGCUUGUUCCCGGCCUGUUCCCGGCUUGUUUCACCCUGUUGCAUACAAAUUGGUGACGAAAGAACGACUAGUCUCUCUCUCUAUAUAUCUGCCUUUUUUGUUUUUGUUUAUCUCUCUCUCUCUCUCUGUCCAUCUCUCCCUUUUUUGUUUUUAUAUCACUUUCUCUCUACCUCUCUCUCUAUAUAUAUCACUAUCUUCUCAAUUUAUCUCUCUCUCUCUCUUAUUCUCUCUUUUUUCUAUACGUAUUUCUGUCUUUCUUUAUCUCUCUCUACCUCCCACUUUCUUCUCUCUUUAUCUAUCUAUCUAUCUAUCUAUCUAUCUAUCUAUCUAUCUCCCUUCUUCUUCUUCCUCUCUCUUUCUACUCUUUCAUUCUUUUCUUCCUCUUUCCUCUCUCUCUUUCCCCCUCACUCAUGUCGCCUUUGCUUUCUUUUCUCUUUCCCCUGCCAUCAUUAUUUCCCUUUCCCUCAUUCUCUCUCUCUCUCUCUCUCUCUCUCUCUCUCUCUCAGUCGUCUAUUUUGUCCUCUUUCUCAAGAAGCGACCCAUUUGCAUACCUCAUUUUCCCUCAGAAAUUACUACGCGUUGGCCUCUUUCAUUCCCAGCGCUAUUUUCUGCGUUUUUACUGUUUGCCUAUCUACUGCUUACUGUGCAGUCUCUUUCGGAUGCUUAA